AUGGUCGACGUAGACCAGUUGCUGCGUCAGCUCGCAGAGAGAGACCAGCAGCUUGCAGAGAGAGAUCAGCAGCUCAAAGCGGCACAGGAUCAACUAGCGGACACCAACCUUCCUACGUAUCUCGAUGGUUUACACAAGCAUGUUUACCUUGGUCUUCAGGUCCAGCUGGAUAAAACCAAGUCAACACGUGGUGACCCCGCAAACACAACCAAUAAACUCCGUCCAAGAAAAAUCAUGAGAUGGCAGUCCUUCGCGCGGGAACAAGAGAAGGUGUGGGAACUUGUGAUGGAAUCUUCGCUGGUGGAAGACAAGCUAUUUGAUUCGCUUUCAUUUCUGGAAACUUUGGGAAAGCAAGUUCGCCAGUCACGAGUUGGGUCAGAGCUUGAUCUGCAUCACUUCAUUCGCGAGGCUGUUGAAAUCCGCGUCUCGAAUAUCAUUAAAGAGAUGUAUAAAGAUCCAGCUCUUCGUGAAGUAUUCGCCCUGAAAGGAUCUAUAGAGUUCGAGAACCAUGCCAACACGCUCAGUCCGGAGCACGAACUCGAGGAAGGAAUACUUAACCUAGACCUGGAAACUCGGCCAACGGCGCGGCGACGCUCGCCACGGCUAGCCGCCAGGGAGGAAAGCUCGUCACGAGCCGCAGCAAUGCAACCGCCAAAAACCCCACUUCCAAGCACAGUCAGCCGGCCUCGUGCCGAUCAAUUUUGCGUUUACAAUAUGUCGACUCAGUCAUCCGAAACAACCCAGCGUGUUGCAGCCUAUAUCAAGGAGUUCAAGUCUCCUCAUAAAGUGACACUGGGUCAUAUCUACGGAGGACUGGAGGAUAUGGAUGUGGAUCAGAAAGAGACCAAGGAGGACCGCCUCCGUCGCGCCAUGGCAGCACUUCUCACGCAGCCGUUCGAUUAUAUGAUCCGUGCCGGUACACGACGAGCGGUGUUUAGUACUGGUGAGGCAGAUAUCUAUCUAGGGAUUGGCGAUGAUCCUUCGAUAUUGCUUUAUCAUUUAUCUAUUCCAAAAGGGGACGUUGGAGAAACAACGGGGUGGCAGCCCUCUCUAAACAGCCCAAAUCGCCUACAUUUGACCGCUGUAGGGCAAGCUCUUGCUUUCACCCUCCAGGCGCUUAGUUUGCGACCUGAGGCCCAAUCAUGGAGGCAUCGGGCAGCUAAUUCGUUACCAAAGUGGCAAGUUGUGGUCGCCGAUAUUCUGGGUAGUAUCUCAAAAGAAGAUACCCCGUCGUCGGACUAUCGCCCCUCGCAAUUUAAUUUUAAUCGAAUAUCUCCGAUUCGUCUCCGCCAAAAAAGGCCUCAGCAGAGCCUCUCUUUGUGCCAAGAAUCGCAGGUCAUAGAUAAUUCAGACGAUGACCAUUCUGACUCGCCCGAUACUCCAAGUCGAAAUCCGCAGGUUACUCGAAACAUUCGGCCGAAUGAGACCUCAACGGCUCAUACAUCCACAUCCACUGCAUCGACUGGAUCGGGCUCCUCUUCACAAGAAAACCAACGCCGCUACUGCACGCUGGGAUGUCUUCGUGGCUUAAUUUCCCAAGAUAAGUUAGAUAAGGCUUGUCCGAACGCUGCAGAACAUGGCGUCACACGUCACCGCAUCAAUUCUUUGACAUUUCUCAACCUCCUACGGCGCCAGUUACACAAGACCAUCAACGCGGACUGCGAAAGUCUUGGAAUUCACGGUUCUCGAGGAGCGCUUCUCAAAGUCUCGUUAUCAUCCCACGGAUAUACAGUUCCUGCAAAGUGCACUAUCCCGGAGUUCACCAAGUACUUGAAACAUGAAGCGCUUGUUUACGACAGACUUCGUCCAAUCCAGGGCGUCAGCGUCCCACUCUAUCUAGGAAGCAUCGAUCUGACUCAUCCGUACAGCUACGAGGGAAUUUGUUAUCUCACGCAUAUGAUGCUAUUGAGCCCCGGUGGCCAGUAUCUCGGCGAAGUUCUCACAGAUUCAAACCGGGAGUCGAUGGCAGCUAAGACGAAGGAAUCGCUCUCGGCGAUGCAUCGUCUAGGGGUGUUGCAUCGGGAUGCAGCUGUCCGCAACCUAUUCUACAACUUUGAGAGUCAGAAUGUGGUCGUCUUGGAUUUUGAAAGGGCUGAAUUUAUCGAGCCACGCCCUGCUCUUGGGGUCUUAUCGCCCAAUCGAAAACGCAGGCACGUUUCCAAUCCGCGUAUGGAUAAAAAGGUCGAAACUGUAUUCACGCAGGAACUCAACGCAGCGCUAUGUGAUGUGCAGUGUAUCGAUCCUCGAUUCAGGAUUCUUUGA